GGUUGUUCCAUGUGUCUCAGUUCAGGGCUGAGCUUAAAUAGACAGCGUCUUUCAUGAGGGUCACAUCACGGGUGACAACCAAGCUAGAGAAUGAAGUCGCAUAUGUUGGGUUUCCAUGCAGUUCUGCUGCUGUGGCUUCUGGUCUUGUUUUCAAUGCGAGAUGCUCAUGUUAUAGAAUUAAGCUGUCUAGAAACUAAAGAUACUAAAGUUCCUCAGAAGUAUCUGCGCAACUACACUGUCCAGCAAGUACCCUUGUUCUCUGUGAAUGCUGUGAGAUUUCUUACAAUCAAAGAUAAAGUAAUCUGCUCGGAUCCCUCCUCACCAUGGGCCAUAAAAUCAAUGAAGUACCUGGAUGCAAAGAACAAACCUCAAUCAGUAUCAAUCAACGCAGCUCGUCAAUCUGUGACACCGGUUCCUGGGAAAACAUCAACCACAAAUAGUUCAGUUAUUGGCACAGAUUUAAACACAGACCCCUUUGGAUGAAAAUUAUUGAUUGAACAGUAUGAUUUUCUAUUUUUAAAGGUUUUCUCUUUAUUGCACUUUAUUGUACAUCACACACAUCACACAAAAGUAGAUUUUUUGUAUAUGGCAAUUUAUAGGAUUACUUUUUAAAAAGGACUGUAUUUUCAUAAUUUGAUAUGCUUUAUUUGUAUAUCUACAAAGCCCUUUGCACCGUUCUCUUUUGUCUCUUAAUAUUAUAUUUUGCUGCAUUAAUCUAUUAAAUUACUUUGUAUAUGAAACCACAAUCCGCACAAAAACGCACUGAAGAAGGCCUUGAGCCGAAACGUUUUUGUUUUGUCUUGCUGGUGAAUGUAAAAUAAAACAAAAGAAGUGCGGAUCAUGGUUUCAUAUUAUAUGUAUAUCUAUAAAUGUUAUUUUAUUAAAAUUAUUAAAAGAUGUGAUUGUUUUUUUUAUUAUUAUUAUUUUACUGUACGUGUAGAGAUAAUGUAGUCAAAUAAACUGAAAUUCUCUGUGUCAGACUA